UGCUUCACGUACACCCCAUCGCUCCCGGCUGAGGAACCAAUCAGCUGCCGAGCUGCGCAGUGAGCUCGGAAGCGGCCGUUGGCCGCACUCGGAGUGAGGGGAUCAGUGGCGCAGCGGGAGGCGGAGGCCGAGGCCGGCGGGGAUGGUUGGCCGGGAGAAGGAGCUCAAGAUCCGCUUCAUGCCGGGGCAGUGCGAGCUGGUGGAGGAAGAUGUUGAUAUUCCCAAUAGACGUGUUCUGAUUACAGGAGCUACUGGGCUUCUUGGCAGAGCUGUGUACAAAGAAUUUAAUGAAAACAAUUGGCAUGCAGUUGGCUGUGGAUACAGUAGAGCUCGACCCAAAUUUGAACGGAUUAAUCUUCUGAAUUCUGUUGAGGUUCAUGACAUUAUCCAGGAUUUUCAGCCUCAUGUGAUAGUGCAUUGUGCUGCUGAGAGAAGACCAGAUGUUGUAGAAAGUCAAGCAGAUGCUGUUUCUCAGCUCAAUGUGACUGCUUCAGGGAACUUAGCAAAAGAAGCAGCUGGAGUUGGAGCAUUUCUGAUCUACAUUAGUACAGACUAUGUGUUUGAUGGAACAAAUCCUCCGUAUAAAGAGAGUGAUGCACCAAAUCCCCUAAAUCUUUAUGGUAAAACUAAAUUAGAAGGAGAAAAGGCAGUCCUUGAAAAUAAUGAAGGUGCUGCAGUGCUCAGAAUUCCUAUCUUAUAUGGGGAAGUAGAAAAUCUGGAAGAGAGUGCUGUGACUGUUAUGUUUGAUAAAGUGCAGUUCAGUAACAAAUCAGCCAAUAUGGACCAUUGGCAACAGAGAUUUCCCACCAACAUCAAGGAUGUAGCCUGUGUUUGCCGGCAGCUAUCAGAGAAGAGAAUGUUGGAUCCAUCAAUAAAAGGAACAUUCCACUGGUCUGGUAAUGAACAAAUGACCAAGUAUGAAAUGGCCUGUGCUAUAGCAGAUGCUUUCAACCUUCCCAGCAGCCACUUGAGACCAAUUACUGAUAGCCCAGUAGUGGGUGCUCUUCGUCCGAGGAAUGCUCAGCUCGACUGCUCCAAGCUAGAGAUGCUGGGAAUAGGACAACGAACUCCGUUUCGAGUUGGGAUCAGAGAAUCACUUUGGCCUUUCCUUGUUGACAAGAGAUGGAGACAGACUGUCUUCCAUUAAUUUGUAAACUUUUUAAUGAAAGUAUGGUAUGUGGCACUUUUUUAAAAAAGGAAAAAAAUAGUUUUGUAUGAGUGUUCUUAAAAAUUGUGACACUUAUGAGCUUUCAUUGAAUCAGGUAAAAAUAUGGUCUUGCACUAGUGAAAUUGUUAGCCUAAAAAGCUCAGUGGCAAAAAA